CUGACUGCUGUGCUGGUGGCCGGGCUGGUGGCAGGGCUCUCAGGACUCUUCUACCGCCAGGACAUUGCGCAGGGUUUCCAGGAAGGGCUACGUGAGGCCCUGCACGCCUACGGUGAAGAUGAGGGGCAGGCAGACGCGCUGGAUGCUUUGCAGCGCACUUUGGCCUGCUGCGGCGUGGAGAGCUACCGCGACUGGCUCACCUCCCCCUGGGUGGUGGAACAAAACGGCUCUGUGCCGCUCAGCUGCUGUCGAGCCCGCCGUGGUUGCCAGCACAGGCUGCCCAACACCCGCGGGCUGCACCGUGAUGGCUGCUUCAGCAAGGUCUCAGCCUUCGUCAGCAGCAACAUGUUCUAUGUUGCCACUGCUGCCCUGGGGCUGGCACUGCUGCAGCUCAUUGGCAUUGUGCUAGCCUGCCUGCUGGCUGCCCGCAUCCCUGCCCACCCACUGGGCAUCACCAGCCCAAGCUGAGACCCCCCCCCAGCUUCUGCCACUU